CAUUAACCCCGCGAGGAAGAACCAGCUACGUCAUCAAGCUUUAUGCUCGCGAGCGGAACCCGCAGACAGGAAAGGUUUUCUUGUUCCAACGCAAUAACAAUAAUUAACGCGGGGAAUUCUUUUGACUUUUGUCGUAAUGGUUAGUGUCCAACGUCCAAACGCGCUGUAACCCUACAAGAGGAGCUAACGCCAGUUUCCAGCGAGUCAUCGAGGGUCGGAGCCAUGUCCAGCCGCCUGGCCUUCCAGACCCAGCUGGCGUCCAUCAUGGAGGUGCUGGCCAACGCUGCGGUGGCGGAGAUCUGCAAGCUGGUGGACGACGACUACGCCGUGGUGCGACUGCAGAUGUCGCAGUGCCAGAGGGAAAACAAAGCGCUGAAGAGGAAGCUGCAUCUGCUGGAGCUGAAGAUGGCCCGAGGCAACGCCGAGAGAAGGCUCAGGGAGAGCGCCUUGAACAGCAGCCGACCGCGGGUGCACGUCAGCGCCGACGACCGGCUGCGGGAGCCGCCGAGCGCCGGUGGUGUGUAUGACCUGUGGCCAAGCAGAGCCCCUGCACAACACGCAGCCAGUCAGCCGAUCCGAUCUGACAGCGUGCACAGUAAGUCUCCAGACGUGGAGCUGGUGGAGCCGAAGGCGGUGCUGGUAAAGGAGGAGAAGAUGGAGGCAAACAUGUCCAGAGCUGAAGAAGCAGAGAAAGACGUAGAGCUUAUAGGAGAUGAUGGAGUACUGGCGUGUGUUCCUCGCGGGCUUUCAGGACAGAGAGGCAGCAAUGAGCAGCAGGACAACCAGAGUCAGACUGGCAGGACGAGGCAUCCCAGCAACAGGAGCAGCAGAGGAGUGGAGAGGGAGGAGGAGCCAGAUGUGGUGUUGGUGAAGGUGGAGGAGAUGGAUUCAGUGAGAGCGACACAGAGUGAGACAGGCCUCAGCAUCCAGGAGGGGCUGGUGGAGUCCAGCACCGAUGACUACAAAGGGAUGCUGCCAUUUGAAGAAAGCACACACACCUCCAGCAGUCAGCAGCGUGACCUGCAGGAUCCUAGUCGGGCCUUCUCAGAGCCGGUGGCAGUCGUAUCUGAGGACUCCAGUGUUCCGGUCCAACUACGGGUCCCAGACAGCAACGGCCCGGCCAGCCCCAGCAACCCGCUCGCCUCUGAAUACUCGCUGUUGGAGCUGGAGACCUUCUUCACCCGCUGGGCCCCUGAUGCCUCGGGCGCCGGCGGGCCCUCGUGCUCUUUCUCUACCAAUGGUUCAGCAAAGUGCCAAAAGGACGGAGCAGUGGCCGAGACCGAGCAACCGGCGUCUGCAACGCCCAACGUGGCUCCAGGGCCGUGUUUGUCAUCUGCAGCCAGACGCUCCACAGCUUUGUCCAAGCCUCUGAGGACGCAGGCGCCGUCUGUCCAGUGUCCAUGGAGACCAGCGCAGGCCAGGACGGGGGCACCGUGUCAGCGGGAUCAGAGCACCCCCCCGUCGCAGAGCGCAGCUGCUUCCGGGAUCAGCUUAGCCUGCAGGAAGACGAGCUCCGGUGGGGCCCCACCCGCCAGAGGGGCCGGUGCGGCGCUGGCCAGCUUCGAGGUUGCUCUCAAUGCACAGCAUGGAGCCGCCCUGCUUGCUCAGCACAGGCCCCAUGCUGUGAGCACCGUGCCAAAUGAGCGGCGGAGGAAGAGCUACGCGUGUCGAGCCUGCGGCAAGGCCUUUUCUGGCCUGUCCAACCUGGAGGCACACGAGAGAGUCCACACAGGGGAGAAACCCUUCCGCUGUGACACGUGUGGGAAACACUUCUCUGAGGCGGGGAACCUGAAGAAGCACCAGAGAGUUCACACAGGGGAGAAACCCUUCAGCUGUGAUCAGUGCGGGAAGAGGUUUGCCUGGAUCUGCAACUUGAGGACGCACCAGCAGUCUGCCACAGGCUGCGUAGCCGCCGCCGGAGGAGGCUCGGGACUGGGCUGACAGCUGACAACCAGUGUGGACUCUGCCACACGCCAACAAAGGCGAGAGAGCUUUGUCGUGAUAGUCAACUGACCCUGACCGCACCACUCUGUUUCUUACUCCCUUGUUGCCAAAUGCAACGUUGUGCAUCAAUACACCUGUGCUCCCACGUUUUUUGGUUUGCAAGACGAGUUUAGCUGAAAUAAAUGGGCACAAGCUACUUGGAUGUUAGUUAGUGCAGAGAGAGUUCAACUUUAUUAAUGCCUGUGGGAAGCUAUUAUCCUCUGUCUCGCCAGAGACUUUCAAAAUAAAAGCUUGACAGUAGCACAUUGUGACCACUAGAUGGGGACAAACAACAACAUAGUUUUGUAUUCCUCAGGUUGCUCACGCUUCCAGCCUCUCGGUUUAUUUGAACUUUUCAGUUGUGAACACACUGUGAACAUUAAACAUUUUGUGACCAG